AUGACUAAAUCAACAGACCCACCACGCUUGCAAGGGAAUGGCAAGCUGAACGGGUUCGCAGAGAAACCUUACCAGGCAGAGCCUAACAUUGAAAAUCAAGCUACUGAGUCGAAAAGACUAUCCACUAUAUCAUCCUCGACUGCUAAUGGCAGUGGAAAACCAGAAACACUGGAAGACCACAGUUCAGCUGCUGAAGAGAAAGCUGCAGAUGAGCCGGCAAAAGCUGUUGAAUAUCCAAAGGACCUCCAAUUGUUCUUGAUCAUGCUCGCGCUUUUGCUCAGUAUUACUCUCUGCGCUCUAGAUCAGACCAUUGUUGCAACUGCCAUCCCAAAAAUCACCGACCGCUUCGGCAGAAUCCAGGACAUCUCAUGGUACGGUUCUGCGUAUUUUUUGACGCUCGGAGCGUUUCAGUCUCAGUGGGGCAAAGUAUUCAAAUUCUUCCCACUGAAAGCCAGUUUCUUGGCCGCGAUAUUGAUCUUCGAAGUUGGGAGCUUAAUCAGCGCCGUUGCCCAGAACUCGACUACUGUCAUUGUUGGACGUGCCUUUGCUGGCCUCGGUGCCUCGGGUGUAGCGCCUGGAGGAUACACGAUUUCUGCCUUUUCUUCCGAGCCUGCGAAAAGAGCUACCUAUACCGGGCUCAUUGGAAUGACUUACGGCAUUGCCGCGGUCGCUAGACCACUUAUUGGUGGAGGACUUACAGAUGGGGUAUCUUGGAGAUGGUGCUUUUACAUCAACCUUCCAAUUGGCGGUCUGGUCGCGGCCGUCAUCUUGACAACUUUCAAGACUUCUUCAACCGCUCCGCGAGUGCGAGCUACACAUAAGGAGAAGAUUCUACAAAUGGACUUCCCAGGGACCGCACUUUUGAUGGGCGCAUCAGUCUGCCUACUUCUAGCUCUUCAGUACGGUGGAGUGACUCAUCCUUGGAAGUCUAGUCUCGUCAUCGGCUUACUCGUCGGCUUCUGUCUCAUGGUCAUUGCACUCAUCGUCGUAGAAAUAUGGCAAGGUGAGCGAGCCAUGCUGACACCACGUCUCAUGCGACAAAGAACCGUCUGGGUCAACGCUGUAUGGGGUUUCUUCUUUGCCGGCGCGUACUUCAUCAUGCUCUACUACCUGCCCAUCUACUUCCAAAGCGUCGACAACCGUAGUGCGAUUGGCUCUGGCGUGCGCAACAUUCCUCUCAUCGCCUUGUUCAGUGUCUCCACGUUUGCUUCUGGUAAAGCCGUCUCGAAGACGGGUAUCGCCGCCCCAUUCCUGCUGGCCAGCUCCGUGGUUGUGACCAUCUCCACCGGUUUGUUGUACACUUUUGAUAUCGGAACACCGACAGGCAAAUGGGUUGGAUACCAGAUGUCGGCGGGCUUUGGAUACGGCAUGGGCCUCCAGAUCCCGCUCAUCAUUGCGCAGGCUUUCGCUGCGCCAACCGAUAUUGCUCCUGUAACCUCCAUAAUCAUCUUCGCUCGAUCUAUUGGUUCUACAUUCAUGAUUGCAGCUGGACAGUCCGGCUUCGAUAACCAGCUCUUGCGCCGGCUUCAUCGUACCGCACCAAAUGUCGAACAAUCUCUAGUCAUAUCUACAGGUGCUACAGCCCUGCGUCAGGUUUUCCACGGAGCCGAGCUAGACGGCGUCGUCCAUGCGUACGCCUGGGGUAUCAAGGUUGCCUUCGCAAUUACUAUCGCAUCCUGUGGCAUCAGUGCCAUCGUCAGCUUGGCCACAAAAUGGGAUAAUACAAAUGAAAAGAAGGCCAAUACUUGA